UGGGGGCGCGGCAGCCGGGAGCGGGCCGGGGCGGCCGCGGCUUGGCAGACGCGGAGGUUUGGGAGACUCGGGGCCGCUCGGCAGCCGGCGGGCCACCCGGGCCUCCGCGGAGACGAUGGCGAAGGAAGAAGGAUCAUCUGUAGAAGUGCGCCAAAGGAAAAAACCAAAGACUUCAGGAAGUCAGGAAACCAGAGCAGAGAAGAGAAGUGGUACCCCGGUUCCUGUAAGAGCCCCGAAAUAUGUGUCGUUUCAGCGCUUUGCAAAGAUAUUUAUUGGCUGUCUUGCAGCAGUUAUUAGUGGUAUGAUGCAUGUUUUCUACUUAUCAGCAUACCAUGAACGGAAAUUUUGGUUUUCCAACAGGCAGGAACUUGAACGAGAAAUCACAUUUCAGGGAGACAGUGCUAUUUAUUACUCCUAUUAUAAAGACAUGUUAAAGGCGCCUUCAUUUGAAAGAGGUGUUUACGAGCUGACGCACAACAACAAGACCGUCUCCCUGAAGACUAUCAAUGCUGUGCAGCAGAUGUCUCUGUAUCCCGAGCUUAUUGCCAGUGUUCUCUAUCAAGCAACUGGGAGCAAUGAAGUGAUUGAACCAGUAUAUUUCUACAUUGGCAUUGUUUUUGGAUUACAAGGAAUAUAUGUUACAGCUUUAUUUGUUACAAGUUGGCUUAUGAGUGGCACAUGGCUAGCAGGAAUGCUUACUGUUGCGUGGUUCCUAAUUAAUAGGGUAGAUACAACAAGAAUUGAAUACUCCAUUCCUUUAAGAGAAAACUGGGCUCUACCAUACUUUGCAUGCCAAGUUGCUGCACUUACAGGCUAUUUAAAAAGAAACUUAAAUACUUAUGCAGAGCGGUUUUGCUACCUGUUGAUGAGUGCCUCGACGUACACGUUCAUGAUGGUGUGGGAGUACAGCCACUACGUCUUGUUCCUGCAAGCAGUGUCUCUGCUGCUGCUGGACCUGUUCUCCGAGGAACAAAGUGACAAGGUUUAUGAAGUCUAUAAAAUCUACAUAUUUUCUCUCUUCUUGGGGUAUUUACUACAGUUUGAGAAUCCAGCUUUAUUGGUGUCUCCUUUAUUAAGUUUAGUAGGAGCGUUAAUGCUUAUUAAGUGCCUUCAGCUGAAUGGGAAAAAGGGAACUUUUGUGGCUAAAGUGGUCAAAGUGGUGAAGUUUUACCUGGUGUGCACUCUGCCGCUGACCCUGAACUUGAUAAUGAAGAUGUUUGUCCCACACAAAGAAAAUGAGCAUGUGCUGAAAUUUCUUGAAGUAAAAUUUGGAUUAAAUGUAACUAAGAAUUUCACAUUGAACUGGCUCCUCUGUCAGGAAUCUCUCCAGGCACCGUCUCAGGAUUUUUUUUUACGAUUGACACAAUCUUCCCUAUUACCAUUCUAUAUUUUAGUGUUAAUUAUUUGUCUUCUUUCUAUGACUCAAGUUAUUUUUAGGAGGAUGAAUGGUAAAUCCCAGAAAGAAACUGUAACUCUUGAAGAUGGAAGAAUUGGAGAAAGGCCAGAAAUAAUUUAUCAUGUAAUUCAUACUCUUAUACUGGGUUCUCUUGCAAUGCUUAUGGAAGGCUUGAAAUUCAUUUGGACUCCUUACAUGUGCAUGUUAGCAGCAUUUGGUGUCUGUUCCCCUGAACUUUGGAUGACACUUUUAAAGUGGCUUCGAUUAAGAACUGUACACCCAAUAUUGUUGGCACUUAUUCUGAGCAUGGCUGUGCCCACUAUUAUAGGUCUUAGUUUGUGGAAAGAGUUUUUCCCAAGGUUAAUUACAGAAUUAACUGAACUACAGGAAUUCUAUGAUCCAGAUACAGUGGAACUCAUGACCUGGAUAAAGAGGCACGCUCCAGCUGCAGCUGUGUUUGCUGGGAGCCCACAGUUAAUGGGUGUGAUUAAACUGUGCACUGGCUGGAUGGUGACGAGCUUGCCCCUUUACAGUGAUGAUGAUCUUCUCAACAGAAAUGAAAACAUUUACCAAAUCUAUUCAAAGCGAUCUGCUGAGGAUAUUUAUAAAAUCUUGACAUCUUACAAAGCUAACUACCUCAUUGUAGAAGAUGCCAUCUGCAAUGAGAUGGGAACCGUGAGAGGCUGCAGGGUUAAAGACUUACUAGAUGUUGCAAAUGGGCAUGUGGUUUGUGAAGAAGGUGACAAAUUAACCUAUUCAAAGUAUGGACGGUUUUGUCAUGAGGUCAAAAUUAACUAUUCUCCAUAUGUGAAUUACUUCACUCGCGUGUACUGGAACAGGUCCUACUUCGUAUAUAAAGUCAACACUGUGAUAUCCUUCCAGUCUUGAAAAUAUCAGAGCCUUCACUUCAAAGACCUGCUACUUGAAGUAGAAUGCAGUUUUCUUGGACCUCCACAGUGUCUUGCAGAUGGAGUGUGGAUACCUGGAGUGCUGUGGCUCUUCCCACGCCUGCUGCUCAUUCCUGGGUUUAGGGUUUUGUUGGAACAGGAGAUCAGACGUCGCUGUCUUAGUAAAAUGUCAAAUCCACCGCUGCAAUCUUCUGACAGCUUUCUUCCUUAGUACACGAUUUAAACAUUUCCCCGCUGCAUCGUCUCCUUAUAAAUCUUACCUAUCAUAAUAUUGAUCUUUAAUUUGGGUAUUUUCACGGUCAGUGUUUACGUCAAGAACAUAAUUUUUAACAAGUACUUAAUGUGUGAUUUUAUUCUAUAGAAGAGAAAAUUCUCCAAGCAAGUUUGUAACAGAUGUAAAUUUUUUACAAUUAAAAAAAAUUUAAAUGUUAGUUAAAAAUAUGUGACAUUUAAAUUUAAAGGGAAAUAACAUAAAGGAAAGUGAUUGUUUUUAUGAUACUGAUCCUGUCAUCUGCUGCCCAAGUGAUGUAGCACGUUUUUAGCAAUACAUAGGACGAAUUAGUACAUUUAAUUAUUUCAUGACUAUGAAGUGAUUGCCUUUUCUCACUUAUGCCCAUUAAGUUGAUAACAAUUUAAUCAUGCUAGAACGAUAACUUGUGUUUGUUAUAUAUAUGUGUGUGUAUAUAUUUAUGUACACACACACACACACACACACACAUAUGGACAUUUAAAAGAAUUUUACAUUUUUUUGGAUGUGGAGUAUACAAUUCAAUCACAUGUUUUCUAUGGACGUAUUAAAUAAAAAUAAUUAACACUGUCACAAUAGUAAUAUGUACACUACCAUGGGCAUCAGUUUCUGGAGGUGUCUGCAGACACUUUUAAACACACCUCUGCAUAUAGGUGUAUUGGUUAUAAAGUAUAACCAAUAAAGUGAUGUUAUUCAUGAAACAUUACAUGUUUAACAGAGCAAAAUGAGAGUUAAAUAAAAUUUUCAAUAAUUCACAGUAUAAAUGCCACAUUCCUUUGUGUAUUUUCAAUUUUGUAUCAUUAAAAGAAAUUCUAAGCCAGUGUAGUGACUCGUGCCUUUAAUCCCAGCAUUUGGGAGGCAGAGGCAGGCAGAUCUCUGUGAGUUCCAAGACAGCCAGAGCUACAUUGUCAGACCCUGUUUGUGGGGAGAAAGAAAUUGUAAUUAAUUUGGCCUGUUAAAGAGAUUCAGGAUAGAUGAAGCCUGUAGAGAAAUGAUUUCAAUAAAAUGAAUAUUUAAUUUUAUAUUAUACAGUUGUUCAGUGCACAGGUUCUCUUUUUAUUUGUUAGAGUGCUAUAAAAUUGCAUUUUCAGAACUCCAUAUUAUUACAUUAGGAGGAAAAAUAUUUUCUUUUUGUAAUAUAUAUAUGUACAUUUUUUUUCUUUUUCAAGUAUGUGCACUUCUUUAAGAUGCUUUACCAUUGUGCAGCUUGACUGACUUCUGUCAUACCAUCUGGCUUAGCGUCAUUGGUCCUGUUUGCUCUUUUACGUACUUAUUUUAACUACAGACAAGCAGCUGUGGCAGCGGAUCUGACUGUCUGAAAACCUUGGUAGUCAGUAGUGGUUAGCAUCGGGCUUCAUGAAAACUUACCAGCUACUCAAGUACACAGUGAGUAGUCAUGUGGUCAUCCUUAAGGGUGAAAUGAAGCAUGAAGAAACAGCUUACAUAGUGUAAAGGGAAGCCCAAACCCUGUUUCCCUUGGAAUAGGAAGUAUUCCGUUGAGUUUUACUGACAUGAUAAUGUGUGGUCUUUUAGUUUUUGUUUUGUUUGCUGUAAUAGUAAGUUGCUUUGCUUGUCAACAUAUUUCUUAAAUAGAUAGAGAAUUUUUUAAUUAAAAGUUUAUAAGUAGUCCCAGGCAUGGUGGUGCACUCUUUUAUUCUUAGCACUCAGGAGGCAGAGGCAGGAGGAUCUCUGGGUUCAAGGCCACCCUGGUCUACAUAGUGAGUUUCAGGACAGCCAAAGUUACAUAGUGAGACUCUCUCAAAAAUACAAAACAACAACAACAGCAAAAAGGUUUAUAAUUUUUACUCAGCAUCAACUGAAACAGAAAAGUAAGCUUUAUUGUAGAAAUUAUAAUAUUGGCUAUGACUGUGUAGGUCAGUGGCAUAGUGCUGGGUUAGCAUACACAAGGCCCUGGGUUCCGUCUCCAGCACUACUGGGAAAAAAAAAUAAAAAAGAAGGGAAGAAAAGAGAAUAAAAUGAUAAUGUUAGGUAUGAGAGAUAAGUUGAUUCACUUCCAUCUUAACUGUCACUAACAGGAGAAAACUUUGUGUUGAAAGCAUUUAAUUAUUUACUUAGUAACUUGUGGAGUAACAGGUGAAAACCUCUGCAAGUAGUUCUUACUGCGCAACCUAGCAGCUGUCGGGUUCAGCAGUGAAGCCCCGUUGAUGAAGCAGAGUUACGAGAGUGAAUUGGAAGAAAUUCCUCAAAGAAAGAGAAAACAUUUUUGCUUUUAAUAUAACAAACCCAUCAAAAUAAGUGCCUUAACUUCUUCAUUUAUAAAUUCAUUUUCUAUUUCAUAUCAUAUUACUCAUUCUCUUUUCCAUAAGAAAAUAUUGGUAACUUUUUCUACAUUGAAAAAACACAGUAAGGCUGAGGAGGUAGUCCCAUGGCGGAGCACUUUCCUAGUGGACAAGAGACCCUGGGUUUAUCCCCAGCACAACCAAAAAGUCAAAUGUCUCCAUGCCAUUGUCACUGUUAACUUCAAUUCAGUAAUAAGCAAAUCUUUGUCAGGAACAAAGUCCCCUAAGUCCAUUUAUGUAGCUUCUUGAAUGCCAAAUAGUCCACAAAUGAGACUGAUGUGACAAGGGAAGUAAUAUGGACUCGGAGUUUAGUAAUGUUUUCAUGACGUUGGCAUCUGUGUCCUGGUGUUUUGCAUUGUACUGGCAGACUUUUACAAUCUAUGUGAUGUACUUCAGCACUAACUUUACUCACACACACACACGCACACGCACACGCACACGCACACAUGCGCGCACAAGGUCUUGAUUCUUUCCAGGUAAGUAACCCAAAUUGCUGUACCAGCCAGAUUUAGUCAGCAAAGAAGGAGAAAUGGAAGUCAAAGUAUUCACGAUUCGUGGCUGAAAAACAUGCUUCAAAUAGAUUAUUAAUUUCUUGUAUAACUCUUUUAUUAAAUUACUUUAGUUUUGAGAAAUCUUCUUUGGGACCUCUUAUUUUUGAAUUGCUAACACAUUUGAUGCCUCAUUUUGUAUAAAAGUAUUUUUUUCAGUUGGCUGAGUUUUCAACAGUUCUAUAUAAACUGAUCUUUUGGUAAAUUUAUUUUUAAUGCAUGAAUAUCUCAAGGACAUACGCUACUAAUUCUGUAUAUUUAAGAACCUUUUUAAAGCUAAUAAUUGCUUUCUAAUUUGUAUCUUAGUAUCCUUUCUUCUUUUAUCCAGCUUUUAACAUAUCUAGUCUUGCUCUGUGUGGUGGUGCACACCUGUGAUCCAGCAUUUGGGAGGUAGAAGACAGGAGGAUCAAGUGUUCAAAGACAUCCUUAGCUACAUCAGUGAGUUCGAGGCUAGCCUGUGUUGCAUGAGCCCCUCUGGAAAAAAAAAAAUCCAAAAAUUAAAUGCAAAGUCUCUAUUGUUGCUAUUUGCUAACAGUGUUUAGACUCAAUGUGUAUUAGAAUUCUGGCUCUGGCCUGGCAGUGGUGGUGCACAUCUUUAAUCCCAGCACUGGGAGGCAGAGGCAGGCAGAUCUCUGUGAGUUCAAGGCUAGCCUGGUCUACAGAGUGAGUUCCAGGACAGCCAAGGCUACACAGAGAAACCCUGUCUCAAAAAACAAAAACAAACAAAAAAGAAUUUUGAUUCUGCAAAUUACAAGGAAAAUCAAACAAGUUCUUGCUAAAAUUACUGAGUUUUUUAAUGUAUAAGGUUAAUGCUUUAAAUAAAAUUAGAAGCAAUGCUACAAAUAUAUAUAUAUGACAGCUUAUUUUCUUAAUAAUAUAUUUGCUUCCAUAAUAAAAUGGACAUUUUGGAACCAAAUGUGUUAAAUUCAGUAUCAAGGUUUCUUUGGAUUGUUUCUGCUUCUGUCUCCUGGAAUGGCAACAUUGUAAUCUUGACAUACAGAAUACUAUGUGCAAUUCUAUGAGCAGUAGACUUGACUUGUGAUUGUUAUCUGUAUUUUGUGAAAUGAUGGCAUAAGAGAAAAUUCAGUAUCAUAUAAAUUACCCUUCCCUGUUUUGAAGCCAAUGGCCUUGUACAGAUGCUAACAAGAGUGAACACAGCUCCCUUUAUGUAAGUUGGUCUGAGUCAUAUCUACAAUGAUGUGUAUUUAGAUUAUAUGUGUUCCUCCUGUAACCGAGGUUACAUCUCUGCAAAAUUAUACAAUGUCAGUAAAUACAAAUACUUUAAAAGAGUUGUCUAUAAACAGUUUUAGUCCAUAUUUGGUAACAUUAAUAUUCGUUUUUCAGUAAUGAAGUUCUUUCAUGCUCGUUUACCCUCGUUUUGUUUUUAUAAUAAAACUUCUUAGAAUUUUAA